AUGGAAUCAAAGAAUCGGCCAUCGGCAACGAGCACGAUGCCGUUGGACGAUCUACCUGUGGGACUUUUGCAGGAGAUUCUUUCGUUCUUGCCACAGCAAGAUCGGCUUACGGUGUGUUUGGUGAGUCGCAAGUUCAACCAUAUCGCCACAAAAUUGGUGUAUCGCCGGAUCUACCUGAAUGAUUCUAAUGUGGUCAGAAGUGAUAUCAUGAACUUGGCCAUCAACUGGACACUCUUAUUCGUGCCAAAUCGGCUGCCUGAGCAAUAUGCCCGCAAAAUUGCAGAUCGGAAAUUACGCAGCUUGAUUCAAACUCUUCAAUCGAAUGACCGCGCUGUGCAAUCCGUGGAGUGGGUUCGUAUCAACUGGGAUCUUGAUCCAAAAUGGCAGAAAAUGUUACUGUCUGUCAUUUGCAAUGAAAGCUGCUCUUUGCAAAGAUUAGAAAACGUCACAGAUCCUAGCUGUAACGACAUUAUAGCGCAUGGCAGGAUGUCAAGUCAGAGGCUUACAAGUUUCGAUAUGGCACCCCCCAACCCAAAUGCAGGCUCCGAAGUGGACCCUUCCUACAUUCCAAACCUAAAAAAAUACCUUUCGCAGCGAAUCUCAUCGCGGAUCACAUUCAUGAAUUUGUUCAUUAACCCGCAAACACUUUUUACGCACCUAUACCCCUUGCGAGACAAACUACAAAUUGUUGAUUUGAAACUACAUUGGAGAGUUGAAUUUUACCCGAAAGAGCAUUUCGCUCAUGAUAUUUCUGAACGCCCCUUGCAUAAGCUGUCUGACAUAUUCGAUACCAGGAGCCUGAAAGUACUUACGAUUGUGUCCUGGCACGAAUGUCUUUUACCAAGUGAAUUGGAAAUGCUACAACAGUUCAAAGAGUUUACGAAUGUGGAAGACCUCUCAUUAAUCUCCAUUGAGCAAGAACCAUCGCCUUUAAUUGGCCUCUUCACUAGCCUGUCGAAACUAAGAAGGCUGAAAAUCGAUUUUAUCGAACAACUUUCAUCGCAAUCUACAAAGCCUGAAUUAUUUUUAGCCAUAUUACAUUGUUGUCGGGAGCUGGAAUUCUUGGACAUGAGAUUUGAAGGGCUAGAUGCUCCGAUCGUAGAUGUAGAAAACGGGGACUUCAGACUGACUCAGAAGUGUUAUUGCAGCAGCUGUAUGCACGUAUUUGAGUCUAUUCUGCGGCAAAAGCUGUUUCUUUUCCCCGAGGACUAUGUUCUUGCAGACUUCCGCGAUGUUUUGACAAAAGAUAUUUUCAGGAUGAUAAGAUUUCAUUGCUUGUUGCCUUACUCAAAAGCUUGUGAUUAUUACCCAAGCGUGCGGACUUACCCGAUGGACAUGGAGAAAUUCGUGUAUCUGAUGAAUAAUGAUCUGAAACUUUACCGAGCCAGUCGCUGCCAGUUGGUUAGAGAUCCCAUUUCGUCCGAGACAAACGAUCACUACGACCGUUGUCGAUUUGAUGUUCCGGAGUCUCCGAGUUUAGACGACUUGUUUGAUAGUGAUGAUGAGAACACUUUUGCCGACAUGGCGCUGCCUCAUAAGCUUUUAACUCGAGAAGACGUUGUACAGUGCUACCAUGCUCUCAUUCAUCAUCAUAGGAGAACUUAUAUCGCACUACUGACACAGUUUCCAAGACUAAAAUUUCUGGUAUUAAAUGACAUUGCCACUGUUGUCGUAAGUGAGAAUGACGAGCGCGUUCUACAACCAGUUUUCUACAAUGAAGGAUUUGUGUCAAAUCUGCGCGGUUGGACUCAAAAGGGCGAGGGAAAGAAAAACUCGAAAGUAUUUGUUGAGAAGUCAGCGUUCUCGGAUGGUAUAGGAUUCAAGAGUAAUUGA